CAAAUAAACAACGCCCAUCAUCAUCAUCUAUCUCUGUGUCCCUCUCUAUCGCCAUUGAAGUUGAAAUCAAAAACACCGAAUCACAGAUUUACAAAACCCUAAAUAAUCCAAAUCCCAUUUUUAAAAAGAAUUGAACUUUCCAAUAAUAGAUUUCAAUUACUUCCCCAAGAUUAAUCAAUCUAACCAUGCAUUUAUCUCCACCUCUAAAAAUUUAAAAUUGCUUUCAAAACCAACACCCAUAGCCAAAUCCUCCAUUUCCUCUCUCCUCAUACCUCGAAUAAUCGCAGGCUGAGAGAGGGAUUUUGGGAUUUGAUCUGGACGGAGAACGAGAGGGAUAGAGAGAGAAAUGCCAAGCGUGGCUGUCAAGUUGUAUAGUGUCUUCUUCAAGUUUCUCUUGAAGCACCGAUUACAAAAUCGGAUCCAUAGUCCGCACGAUGAUUCUAAUCCGGGUUUCGGCGUAACAACCCGACCCGAAGAGUCUGUUUCUGCUGCCAAUCCUUCUUUCACGGAUGGUGUUGCCACUAAAGAUAUUCAUAUUGAUCCUUUUACGUCUCUCUCUAUUCGGAUCUUUCUUCCUGAAUCAGCUCUCAAUCCCCCGGAAUCUGAUUCCAAACCCCAAUAUAAACCAAAAUUGAAAACUAACCCUAGAAAACUCGAUUCCGAUCAAAAUGAUAGCCCUGCUACCUUCAUUGCCAAUCAUCAUCUCCAAACUCAACGCCGUAGUAGUCUUGGCCCAUCUGCAACACGUAGCACUACUGGAUUAUCGCCAAAAGAAGAGUCUAGAAGGAAUAGUUAUGGUUGUAGCAAUGAUGUAGACGUGAGUUUGAGAUCCGACGGUGUCGGUGGUGGUUAUAGAGGAUAUUCACCUUCGUUCGAUAAUUCGAGGAAGUUACCGGUAAUGUUGCAGUUUCAUGGCGGUGGUUGGGUUAGUGGGAGUAAUGAUUCGGUGGCCAAUGAUUCUUUUUGUAGAAGGAUUGCCAAACUCUGUGAUGUCAUUGUGGUGGCUGUUGGGUACAGAUUGGCACCAGAGAAUAAGUACCCGGCAGCUUUUGAGGAUGGGCUAAAGGUUUUAAAUUGGUUGGGAAAACAAGCGAAUUUGGCAGAGUGCAGUAAAUCUAUGGGUGCCAAUGGUGGCGCGGAGUCCAAAAAAGCUGAUGUUCAUCGACAUAUUGUGGACACGUUUGGAGCUUCCAUGGUGGAGCCUUGGCUGGCAGCUCAUGGCGAUCCAUCCAGGUGUGUUCUGCUUGGAGUGAGUUGUGGUGCAAAUAUUGCAGACUAUGUGGCUCGAAAAGCUGUAGAGGCAGGCAAGCGUUUGGAUCCUGUUAAGGUUGUAGCACAGGUUUUGAUGUAUCCAUUCUUCAUUGGGAGUGUCCCCACACAUUCUGAGAUAAAGUUGGCAAAUUCCUACUUUUAUGAUAAGUCAAUGUGCAUGCUUGCAUGGAAACUCUUCUUGCCGGAGGAAGAGUUCAGCCUUGACCACCCAGCAGCCAACCCCCUGAUCCCUGGAAGAGGACCUCCUUUAAAGCUCAUGCCUCCAACACUGACAGUGGUGGCUGAACAUGACUGGAUGAGAGACCGAGCCAUUGCUUACUCUGAAGAGCUGAGGAAGGUGAAUGUCGAUGCACCUGUUCUCGAGUAUAAGGAUGCAGUUCAUGAAUUUGCAACCCUCGACAUGCUAUUGAAGACCCCACAGGCCCAGGCUUGUGCUGAGGACAUUGCUAUCUGGGCCAAGAAAUACAUUUCAUUACGAGGCCACGAGUUUUCUUAUUGAAAGGUUUAGCCAGUCAAGGAAACGGUUGUAGCAAGAGCAUCAUUUGCCAGCAUUAUAUGAUACAGUGAAAGAGCAACCAGCUGCAUGAGUAGGCGGGUUUGUAGAAUGAAGGGGCUCUAUAUUUAUUUCACUUGUUGUAGCUACUGGGUUGUUCUUCACUUUUUGUUGUUUCGGCUUCCCUUUUUUUGUAAGAUAGAACUUUUUCUGGGAUUAGGAUUAGUAUCUUGUGAGAUGAAAUUACCUCUCUUUCGAGUUUGUGCCACAUUAGGACAUCCUCGAAGGAAAUAUUUUUUCCACUGUGUAUUACACUGUACUAUUGUUCAUGAACAAGGUUGAUCAAUGAAUCUCACUCUUUUCUCUA